AUUCUAGCUAAGUACAUGAAAGGAUUAGAUCAGGCAAAUAGUCGACUGUAAGGGAACAAGACGGAAUGGAUGGGUCUUGUAUAUUCUUGGGGCUAUCGCCAAUCACUUUCAUUUUAGUUGGCAUCGUCUUAGUACUGUGUUAUCUGUAUUCGACAUGGACUUUUUCCACUUUCAAGAAAAUGGGUAUCCCUGGACCGCCACCAACGCCAUUGUUCGGCAACAUGCUGCAAAUCAGAAAGGGCAUGCAUACCAAAGAGCAAGAAUGGAUACAAAAAUAUGGCAAAGUAUUUGGUACAUAUGAAGGCCGUAGACCUGUAAUCAAUUUUGCUGAUCCUGAGAUAUGUAAACAAAUAACUGUAAAACACUUCUCGUCAUUCGUCAACAGAAGGCCAGUUCCGCUGAGAGGAAAACCCAUGGAUUCGAAUCUCACAGUAUUGCGAGGCGAUCAAUGGAAGGAAGUACGGAACACUUUGACACCUUCAUUCACUGCCGCCAAGAUGAAAUUAAUGGCUCCCCUCAUCAACCAAUGUGCCAAUGACUUGGUGGAGAACAUGGAAACACAUUGUAAAGAAGAAAAGACGGUGAAGUGUAAAGAUUUGUAUGGCGCAUUUGGUAUGGACAGCAUUGCAAGUGCUGGAUUUGGUCUUGACGUCAGUUCGCAGUCCCAACCUGGUCACCCAUUUGUGGAAAAUGCAAAAGAAGCCUUAAAAUUCACUUUACUUAGUCCAGUUAUGAUCAUAGUCUUUUUUUUACCUUUCUUGGUUCCAAUCAUGAACUAUUUUAACAUGUCAUUGUAUCCGAGCAAAGUUGUCAAAUAUUUUUCAUGUGUCAUUGAAGAUGCUAUUGCUAUGAGGAAGACUACUAAAGAUAUUAACAAUCAGAGAAUCGACUUCUUACAACUAAUGGUAAACGCCCAUGAAGUAUAUGACCAGCAUAUGGCAAACAAAGAUAAAGAAAUUGAUGAAGACGAAGGCGAGAACAAAGUUGACUUUGUCAAAGAUGGUCCUUCUUCUCAAAUAAAACUUCACAAAGGAUUCACGGAGGAUGAAAUAUUAGCACAGUCAUUAAUGUUUUUCUUUGCUGGAUAUGAGACUACUAGCUCAUUGAUGUCAUUCGUUAGUUAUAAUCUUGCCACCAACCCCGAGGCACAGGAGCGGUUGCAGAGAGAAAUCGACGAUGUCAUCAGUAACUCGGACGAUCUAGGAUACAAUACUAUUGCCAGUAUGAAAUACCUUGAUAUGGUUGUUAUGGAAACAUUGAGAAUGUACCCGUCUUCAAUCAGAUUUAAUCGACAGUGUAAUGAAGAUGUUAACAUCAAUGGAAUAUCGAUCCCCAAGGGUAUGCUGGUAGCUGUCUCUAUCUAUUCAAUUCAUCAUGAUUCUGAUAUUUACCCUGACCCAGAGAAGUUCAUCCCAGAACGAUUCAGUAAAGAAGAGAAAGAGAAACGUCAUCCAUAUGCCUGGAUACCUUUUGGUGCUGGUCCUCGUAACUGUAUUGGUAUGAGAUUUGCAUUGAUGGAAGCAAAGAUUGGAUUGGUUCGUGUACUGCAGAAGUUCACCUUCGAACCCUGCGCGGAAACUCAGAUUCCUCCUGAACUAGGGAAGAUGGGUUUGCUGACUCCACUCGAUGGAAUUAAAUUGGGCGUAAAAAGAAGAAAAUGAAUUCAG